AUGGCGAAUGAUACCGAAGAAAAAAUAGAUUUAUUGAUAAAUUCUUUAAAUGAUCGAUUACAUAUGGCAAUGAGUAAUAGAACAAAGAAUACGUUGCAUCAUUUAUAUAAACAUUUUGCUGGUUUUACUGAUAAUGAAAAUGCAUGUUUGCUAUUUGAUCGUUUUAUAACUGAAUUAGAUGAGGAUAUUCGUAUUGGUUAUUCAUGUUUUGAAGAAAAAGCAUUCAGUAUUCAAAUAAAUGAUUUACGAGAACGUGCACAACAUGCAAUCAAAGAAUUCACGUUCCAAAUCAGUAAUGAUUCAAAAACUGAUCAAAUUGAAUCGUCUAUGAACAGAUUGACGAAAAUAAUUAGUGACAUAUUUGUUGAAAUAACAGAUAUGUUUAAUAGCAUGAAUGUGCAAAUGGGUGGUCUUAGGAAAGAAGUUUUGGAACUUAGACAAGAAUUUGAUAUUUUAAAACAGCGUCAAAUGAUAAAUGAUCAUCAUCUUUUGGUCCGUGAAUUAUUUAAUAAUGCAAGAUUUCUUUUAAGUGAUUUAGUUCGACAGUUCUAUGAUGCUACAUUGAUCACGUUUGAUCCAAGAACUAACAAAUGGAAAAUUCGUUAUGAUGAUCAACGAUAUAUACCUCAUUGGACAAUCGCUGCACGAAUAUUUCAAGUGUAG